AUCGAAUUCGAAUGGCAAUUUCCUCAUGGAGUGCAAGCUGUGUGGUCAGGGUUUUUAGGGGAGCCAGACGAAAGCCGCACAACACUUCACGAUCAAGAACAAUUGCCCCAAAAUCUCCGUGGAGCAGAUGGCGGAGAUAUGGAACAAGACAAAGUACGGGUUCGAUCCAAGCCAUGCACGAAAGAUCAUGGACUUUCUGAAGUCUCGUGGGUUGCGAGACAAUAGAUGUGGAUCGGGGAGGGAGUCGGCGGGGAAUGAGGAGUUUGAGGACAGCGAGGAGGAGAGGAGGGCGGUCGAGGGUGGAGAUGAUGAUGGUGAGAGUGAUGCAGAGGACAUGGAGGUGCGGCGAGAGGUGGAGCGCGCCAGGGGAAAGUUGAGGAAGGAGAAGGCCGUUGACGAGGACAGCACCCCUGACGAGGACGCCGAUGACGACGAUGACGAUGAGGGAGCAGACCUCGGGGCCUCUGUGGAUGGGGGUUUAAUGGGCGAUGGUCGUCGUGGCCAAGAGGGGGCAGCUAGGGCGAUGAAGGAGGCUGCGGGAUUGAAGAAGAGAAAGAGGAAGGCGAAGAUGACUACCACUAAGGCGAGAUCAGCACCUUCUGAGCCCAAAAAGAGCAGAGUUCUUCGACUGACGUCCAUGCUGGAGACCUUUCGAUCCAGUGUGGCAACGAGAAUUCUCGGACUCCGUCCUGCAGUGGUGGAGACAGCAGAGGCCGUAGUGGAGCGAUGGAAGGACGUGUUCGACAAGUUUGGUGUCGACAAGGUGAACGCCAUUUGUACUGAUUCCGCGUCUGCGUAUGUUGCUGCGUCCAAGCUCCUCGCCCAGGAGGAAGUCAAGUACAGCCGCAUCACUUGGCUUUCGUGUGCAGUCCAUGAAUGCAACUUGUUGUUGUCAGACAUCGCGAAGGAUGGGCGCGACGGGAGCCUCGGGAAGAGGGAGGACACCAUCAUCAGGGCUCGAGCUGUCGUGCGUUUCAUCAGAGAGCACGGGGCAUCUCUGAGCCCACCCCUCUUCCGCCUCCGCGGCGGCUGGUGGUUCGAGCUCUGCGCCACCCUCGUCUCAGCGGCGAGGCAGGGAGCUUGUGUACCCUGUGCAGACGAGGUUUGCCACCCACUACUUGAUGCUGGAGAGGCUGCUGGAUCGUCGCAGAGUGUUGGAGGCGUUGAUGAUGAGCGACGAUUGGCUGCAGACUGCAUGAAGGAGGUCCAUUUUUCUGCAGGCCAGAUGGGUGCGUCAUCAGGUGCGGUACGCGCCAUUUUGGGAGCACGUGGAGGACAUCGUGGCGCUCAUGAUGCUUGUGAUGCAGUUGCUACGGCGUCUGGACAGGGGGGGGUGGCGAGAGCAAGCCUUAACAGGACGUCGAAGGACGAGCUCCGCAUCGUUGUUCAGGCUUGUCUGGCACGGGUCGCUCAUUUGUUGGAGCCCUCACAUUGCAUGGCCCACCUCCUCAAUCCGCGGCAGAGGAGCAUUACUUUUUUUGGAGCGGCGAGGCGUACCCACCACGAGCGGAUACUAGCAGACGAGUCGUUGCGAUACCUUCGCCAGCAGACUGGUGGUGACGAGGAUUUGUAUCAGACGUUGCGCACGCAGCUGGCGGAGUUUCAUUCUCGGGAGGGCGAUUGGACGUAUGGAGGGGCCGAGGGAGACAGGGAUGCGACCGCCUGCAAAGGGGAGAAGGAGACGUCACAGGUGAAGAGGCGCAAUCAGCUUGGUUUCAUCAAGCUGACUCAUUUGGUGGAGAUAUCCACCAACUUGGGAUUGAGUCGUUGUCAUGGGAGGGGUUCUGGGUACGUUCUUCCAUGGGAGGACGCUGAGGAGGAGACAGAGGACGCUAUUCCUCCGCCUCCUGAUGAGGGUGUUCGGUCGGCUGACCGAGUCACCAAGGCACAGCGCGACCGGCAGGUCCAGCGCGGGCGGAAGGAUCGCCUUUCAAAGGCACCUCCCAACUUUGCGACGUAUUUCGGUCGUCGCGCCACGGUGCUCAUGGCGCAUGAGUUGGAGUCGGUGUACGAUCCGGAGCCUGAUCCCAUGGCUCAGGACGCGAUGGAGGCCGAGCCGUGGUCCGAUCCGGACGACCUGCCCGUGGAGUCAGAGCCAGUAGGUUCUGAUGACGAUGACGACGACACUCCUCUCUUCCAGAUUCCGCGUCCUCGCACACGUACGUCCACGGCGGCCACUGCACCGUGUCCCGCAGCACGCCCUCCUUCGAGUGCUCCCGACGUCUCACAGCCAGGCCCGGCGGACCGUGUCGAGAGCAGUACGCCACACCCUUCGACCGAUCGUCGCGGACAGGGAGGCAGUGGCGAGCGUGUCGACGAGGGAGACGACGACGAUGGCGACGAUAGGGAGGGGUAUGAGGGCAGCAAUGAGGAUGAGGAUGAUCCCUGUUAUUCCCCGACUUGCGGACAUGGUGUUGACGACGACGACGAGGGCGGCGACGGUGGACGGGCUGUGGGUGGUUUGCGGAAGUCCGAGAGACAGUGUGGCGACCGAUGCAGUGGUGCAGGCAGGGGAGGCAGCGGGUCGGGUGUUGGGGGUGCAGGGCGCACAGGUGGUGCAGGGCAUGCUGGCACAAGAAAAGUAAGGCGAGAGUCUGCAUCGUCCACUCGCACUGUGCAUUGGGUUGAUGAGGAGAGGUCCGCUGAGGCAUCUGUGGUUGCUCCCUCCCCUAUAGAGGUUGCUCCCUCCCCUGCAGAGCUCGCUGCGGCAUUUGGGGAGGUUGCUCCCUCCCCUUUAGAGUUCGCUGCGGCGUCUGUGGAGGGUCCAGGCGGGUUUGCGGGUGGUAGUGGCAAUGCUGGAGAGGUUGGGAGGCCAUCUGCACAGGUGGGUAUCAGUUUCAGCGACAAAAUUUUUGAUGUUUCGUUAGGGCAUCCUCCGACACCGGCAGGGGAGCGUGUCGGUGUCGAUGUGGACGCAGCGGCCAUGCCCGUCAGUCAGAUACUUCGUGACAUACCUUCAUCCAGCACGGGCGACAUCAGUAGUAGCAUGUUGCAGGAGGCAGCAGAGGGGGCACUGGGUCGGUCGGGGCAGCACGAGCGUGUAGCUGGGGAUGAUGGGGAGUAUCGACCUGUGCAGGCGCGGGCGACAGAGUCAGAGCAGGACAGGAUCGACCGCGAGGAGAGGAGGAGGGCGCAGGGGUUGGCUAGCCGCUACGAGAUGACGCGGAGUGUUGCAUCGAGGGCACGUGUAGCGCGGAUGCUCGAGACGGGCGUUGAGGCAGGUGAUGCAGAGGGCGAGUGCGACACUGCGGGCAUAGGGGAUGCGGGCGAGAGACCUGCAUCGCCAGUUCAGGGUGUUUGCGUUUUGCCUCUCGGUGGGGCCAUGCCGGCGGAGGAGUUAGAGCGGCAGGCACGGGAGGACCCAUUGCAGGCAGAUCGCCGGGGACGGAUGACCGAGGCGUCGAGGAGACUGAGGGCAGAGGCCCCGGCUUACGUGCCUUGCAGCCUGUCAGUGCCAUCGUCCACCACAGGUGUCAGCACACCCGCAUAUGUGGAGGGCACAAUCGCGGCAGAGGCAGUACGGGGCCCCUCGCCAACACCUGCCGGGGAGUCUCCUUCUCCUCAGUCACGGAAGAAGAAGAUGAGAGCAGGGAAAAAUCUUAGUACCGUGAGGAGAGUGACGCCGACAAUGCGGGCGAGUCAUCCUGGGUUGGGCGGUUUACAUCCGCGGACACGGGCGAUUUUGAGCAGGGACGUUGUCGCAGACGCAGCAGGAUGGCAGGAGAGGGUCUCCGACCAAGCGACGGAUCAGCCCAUGAGCGCACCUGCUGAGGCGAUGUUGCCACACACUGCGGGGCGUACAGCGGGCACCGGCGACCACGCCGAGCACAGUGCGCCCCCCGGGAGGAGCAUGGCUUCACGUUAUUGCGGAAGGGUGUGAGGGCAUCGACAGCGCAACGACCGUCACAGGCGCCAGUCGUUUGGGAGUCUGGCACAGACGAU